UUAUUUAAUAUUAUCAUAUUUUCCCCACGUCAGCCAUGCCGAAAUAUAAUUUUUCUUUCCCCAAUAAUUAAUCUGCCCUAGGAAUUGAGUACCCUCUCUCUGCAGCCCCCGUUUCCGCUUGUCGUCGCUCCGGCUAGCCCUGCCACCACCGUCCAGUAGUUUUGGUGUGAUGAGCAAGAACACCGAUCAGCACGUUCCUGACUCAGUGCUGGACGAGAAUAACGAUGAGAUCAAGUGGGAGGUGAAGCCCGACCGCAUGCUCGUCCAGAAGCAAGAUGAUGAUGUCGGCAAUGACAGCUCUGCCACUACUCAAGGGCCAAUGAUCAAACUUAUGGUCUCCUACCCCCAUGGUCCUUCCCGUCACGAGGUCCAUGUCCCUGCCCAAUCUACUUUUGGGGAUAUAAAGAAUGCUCUAGCACAGAAAACUGGUUUGGAGCCUAAAGAGCAAAGGCUUAUGUUCAGAGGAAAGGAGAAAGAGGACGAGGAGCACCUGCACAUGGCAGGUGUAAAGGAUAGGUCAAAGCUUUUGCUUUUGGAGGACACUGCAAGCAAAGUGAGGAAGCUUGAGGAGAUGAGAAAAAGCGAUCAGAUAACAAAAGCAUCUGAAGCAGUUGCAGAAGUCAGAGCAGAGGUUGAUAAGAUCUCAGAAAGGGUGGCUGCCUUGGAGGUGGCUGUGGAUGGUGGGACCAAAGUUGAAGAGAAGGAAUUUUUAGUAUCAAUAGAGUUGCUCAUGAAGCAGUUACUGAAGUUGGAUAGCAUCGAGGCUGAAGGAGAAGCGAAACUGCAGCGGAAGGCUGAGGUACGCCGUGUUCAGAACUUUGUGGAGAAACUCGACAACCUGAAGGCUAGAAACUCUAAUCCACAUAGCAACAGUAGUAAUUCUGUCUCAGUAACAACCAAAUUGUAGGCUUUUUAUAGAGAGAGAGAGAGAGAGAGAGAGAGAGAGAGAAAGAACAAAUUGUAGACCUUUGACACUGAGUGUGAAGCCUGAGUGCCCUACCCUUGUCUUCUUCAACAAAAAUUACUCCAGAUUUGAGGAAUUUGCUCUAUUACAAUCGUCUAUUGAAUUAGAUAUUCGACAUUAAUUUAAUAGCAUCCAAAAUAUUCUAUUGGAGCUUCAUUCAA